AUGCUGGAGAACUCUAGGUUCAGAGGCACAGAAUUUAUCAAAGAAGUUCGAAAAAUUGGUAGAACUCGUCACGCCAAUGUUCUUCAGUUGGUGGGAUUCUGUUCUGAAGGCUCUAAGCAGGCUCUAGUGUAUGAGUACAUGCCUAAUGGGUCUCUUGCUAAACAUUUGUCCUCAAAAGAAAGAAGAUUUCAAUCAUUUUGGGAAAAGCUGCACGAGUUUGCUCUGGGAAUUGCUCGAGGAAUCGAGUAUCUACACAAGGGAAGUGAUGUGUGCAUUCUUCAUUUAGAGAUGAAGCCUCAAAAUGUCCUGCUAGACCACAAUUUCGUCCCCAAAAUAUCAAAUGCUGGCCUUGCAAAAUUUUACCAGGAGGACUGUGAUUUUGUUUUUGUUAGUACUUUAGGAACAGCAGGGUGUUGGCGUGACUUGUGGACCAUUGCCUUUCUGUCCUUACACACCAAAGAUUCAUAUUAUAAUUAUAUUUGA